GAAAGCUGACACCGACACCAGCCAACUUUUCCCGAUCGUCACCCCAAGAAGUUGCAAGGACUAGUCAAAGGGUCCGAGGGGCCGGGGUGAGGACGCGCUCCCCCCUUCCCCCUCCCUCCGCCGCCUGCACUCCCAGCCUCUCUCCCGCCCGCGCACUCCCUCCGCCCGCCUCGCCUCCCUCCUUCAACCCCCUCCGCGAGGCACAGGGCCGGGGGAGGGGGGUGCCGCCAAACUCCGACCAGAGCCGCCUGGACUUGCACAGUGUCCUCGGGGCGCAGGGGCCAAGCGCACGCAGUCGCGCAGCUCUGCCUCUGUACGCCAGUCUCGCCCGCGAUCCCGACCCGGGGCUGUGGCGUAGGCUUGACCCAGGCAGCCUGCUGCUUGAAUCCCACAGCCCGCGCGGGAGCGGGACCACUGCCAGAGGAGCUCAGACGGCAUGCUGAGCCCCCUCCUGGGCUGAAGCCCUUGAGCAGAGAAGUCCCGGCGAGCUCAGGCUAAAGAGCUAAAGGCGGCAAAGGCGCAAGACAGCAGACCAGCGGCGGAGGAGAAGGCGGAGGAGGCAAAGCCAGAAAGGGGCAGCGAAAGAAGUGGUGGUGGUGGGCGUCGUGGCCAUGGCGGCGGCUAUCGCCAGCUCCCUGAUCCGGCAGAAGAGACAAGCUCGAGAGCGCGAGAAAUCCAACGCCUGCAAGUGUGUCAGCAGCCCCAGCAAAGGCAAGACCAGCUGCGACAAAAACAAGUUAAACGUAUUUUCCCGGGUCAAACUCUUCGGCUCCAAAAAGAGGCGCAGAAGGAGACCAGAGCCUCAACUUAAGGGUAUAGUUACCAAACUAUACAGCCGACAAGGCUUUCACUUGCAGCUGCAGGCAGAUGGAACCAUUGAUGGCACAAAAGACGAGGAUAGCACUUACACUCUGUUUAACCUCAUCCCCGUGGGACUUCGAGUGGUGGCUAUUCAAGGAGUUCAAACAAAGCUGUAUUUGGCAAUGAACAGCGAGGGAUACCUGUACACUUCGGAACAUUUCACACCUGAGUGUAAAUUCAAAGAAUCCGUGUUUGAAAAUUAUUACGUGACAUAUUCAUCGAUGAUAUACCGCCAGCAGCAGUCAGGCAGAGGGUGGUAUCUGGGUCUGAAUAAAGAAGGAGAGAUCAUGAAAGGAAACCAUGUGAAAAAGAACAAGCCUGCAGCCCACUUUCUGCCCAAACCACUGAAAGUGGCCAUGUACAAGGAGCCGUCACUGCAUGAUCUCACGGAGUUCUCCAGAUCUGGAAGUGGGACCCCAACCAAGAGCAGAAGUGUCUCUGGAGUGCUGAAUGGAGGCAAAUCCAUGAGCCACAAUGAAUCAACGUAGCCAGUGAGGGCAAAACAAGGGCUCUGUAACAGAACCUUACUCCAGGUGCUGUUGAAUUCUUCUAGCAGUCCUUCACCCAAAAGUUCAAAUUUGUCAGUGACAUUUACCAGACAAAUGGGCAGAGUUCACUAUUCUAUCUGCCAUUAAACUUUAUCAUCCAUACUAAAGCCCCAUAAUUUAGAUUGAGCUUGUGCAAAAGAAUGCUAAGCAUUAUCAGUGAACUAAAUCCAGGAGGACUGCUCAAUUUUCUCAUGAUCUCACUUUAAGUUUUGGGAUGACAAACCACAAUCAUUUCACAGCACUAAUGCUGAUAAAAAUUUGCCCUCCAAAAAAGAAAAUUUAAAAGACCACAAUUGCUCUUCAAAAAUAAAACAAAAUUAACUGCUUAAAUGUUUUGUAGAGGCAAACAAAAUUAUGUGAACUGUGUUGUUUUCUUGGCUUAAUGUUUUCUAUCUAUGCUUGAUUCAACUGUAUUCUUUACUUUGGUAUAGUGCAACUUUCUGAUUUCUGAAAUUCAGUGGUUCUAUUGACUCUGUGUCACUUAAUCCAAAUCAACCAAAUUCAGGGUUGGAUCUGAAUUGGCAUCUCAGGCUCAAGGUAACAGUGUUCUUGUGAUUUUACCACAUUUUUUUUUUCGAUUUGUAGUACUCUGGUAAAGUUCUUGUGCUGUACUUUGUGCAUAGAAAUUGAAUUGUAUUGUCAACCCCAGUCAAUAAAUAUUACUUAAACAACAAAAAAAAGAUUAUCCUCAAGUUUAGAUUUCUCUUAAUUCCAUUUGUGUUAUCAUGUUAAACUAUUGUUGUGGCUUCUUAUGUAAACACAGGAAUUGUGGAACUGUGAUAUUGUCUUUUGUGUUGUUAAAAUAAGAAAUGUCUUACCUUUAUGUGUAUGAGUCCUCUUGUCACUGUAUUUGGCACGUGAAUAUUAUGUACAAGGAAAUAUUAAGACUGGUUACCCCUAAACAACAUAUACUUAUACUUGCUUCUGGAAAAGUGUUUAAGACUUAGCUAGGUUUCCAUUUAGAUCUUCAUAUCUGUUGCAUGGAAGAAAGUUGGAAUCUUGGCAUAGAGUUGCAUGAUAUGUAAGAUUUUGUGCAUUAACAAUUGUUAAAAUCUGUGUUCCAAAAAUGGACAUAGCAUGUACAGGCAGUUUUCUGUCCUGUGCACAAAAAUGUUUAAAAAAGUUGUUUAAUAUUUGUUGUUGUAUACCCAAAUACGCACUGAAUAAACUCUUUAUAUUCAU